GACUGGAGCCUCAGUGCAGGGUGAACCUAGAGGCUUGGGCUCUGCCUCCGCUCGGCAUCAUUAAGCCUCCCUUCACCAGAAGCCUCGGGGAACCCAGAGAUGCCUUCACUCCCUCUGGCUCUCCCGUAGUUGUGUCCUGGGCUCCCACUUGCCUUUGAAUACCAGCUACGUGGGUGGAGGCUACAUACACGGUCGGGUGAGGAAACCAGCAGCCUCGAUUUCACCCCAAAGGAGAGAAGGACCCACAGGAUGGCGGAUUUUCCAGGGUACAGUCUGUCUGGUGUGGUUGCCUCCUUCUUCUUCACCCUGCUGACCGUGAAGCAGUCAGAUGACUUUAGAGUGGUCGGUCCUGCCUUUCCUGUCCUGGCCAAGGUAGGGGAAGAUGCCUUGCUAACGUGUCAGCUCCUCCCCAAGAGGACCGCGAUGCACAUGGAGGUGAGGUGGUACCGCUCGGAGCCUGACACACCUGUGAGUGUGCGCUGGGAUGGAGCUGAGGUGACGGAGCCGCAGAUGGAGGAGUACAGAGGUCGGACAGAGUGGAUAGAGGACAGCAUGGCUGAGGGGAAGGUGACUCUGAAGAUACGCAGGGUCCAACCGUCCGACGAUGGGCAGUACCGGUGCCGCUUCCGGGAGGAAAACUACUGGGGAGAGACAAGUGCGCUGCUCCAAGUCGCAGCCCUGGGGUCUUCCCCGAACAUCCACAUGGAGGGGACUGGAGAAGGAGGAGGAGUCCGGCUCGUGUGCACGUCCCAGGGCUGGUUCCCAAAGCCUCAGGUCUAUUGGGGGGAUAUCUGGGGAAAGAGGUUGCUGACUUUCUCUGAGAAUCACAUCCCAGGUGAAGAUGGGACGUUCUAUGUGGAAGACACGCUGAUGGUCAGGAAUGACUCCGUAGAGACCGUUUCCUGUUUCAUCUACAACCAUCUCCUUGGAGAGGCCAAGGAAGCCACCGCAGCCUUCCCAGAGAAACUUCGGACAGAGAUGGGUGACUUCAAUUUUGAGAGGAUAUGCCGAAGGCACUUUAAGAACAAAAAGUCCAAGAUGCCUUUUCUGUGGAAGAUACUGCCUGUGUUGGGGUUGUUUCUUGCUAUAGCUGUCGGCCUGAUCAAGAGGAGGAGCUCUACAAAAGUGAAUGGCACAGGGGAUUCUAACGCAGGUCACUGGAAACCAGUUCUUUCUGAAGGACACCAGGGUGUGACCCAUGAGCUUUUCCACACCCAGAUGUACCACAGAGAUCUGACUACCCGUUCUCCCAUCUUGGCUAGGAGGAGCUUACAGCAUGGUGGAUCUGAGAGGAGGAAGCUGGGAGUGGGACUAUAUGGGUCCUAAGCACUAGGGACAAUGCCAUCUUGAGUCACCUGAAAUGGGUUUGGGGCAAUGAGUUGCUAUGGAAACAUAGAGGGAGCCGCCACGCCUCCUCUAAACCUCCUCUUCCUGCAGUGGCCCCCAGAGGGUGGGCGUCUCCUGACAGUGUCUACAGGUGUCUCUACUUUUGUUACACUACCGUGUGCCCUCCCCACACUUCCCCCCACUGUGUCUCUGGAAGCAACACCCCUUCUUCAUCCUUUAGUGCCACGAUGUAGGGUGGCUCUCUGGAUGUCUCACCUGCACAUGGGGAGACAUCUUCAUCAUCUCCAAAGGAAACAACGUUUAUAUGGAAACCACACACACUGUGUGUACCAAGAUGCAGAGCUUUUAUCCCUUUUCCAAUGACGGGUGAGGGGGGGUGUGCGAUUAUGAAAACCAAAAUCAAGUUGCAGUUGUCUCACUCUGGCUUCAAAUGUGACCUAACUGGUCCCUUAAGAGACUGAUGGAAUGUCAAGGUCUUUGACAUUCUGUCUGCUGAUCACAAUAUGGUAUCUCAUGACCAAAUCCUUAGAAAAUCCAGAGGGUAAUUCAAUUUGGCAGAGAUGAGGAAAUGAAAUAAAUGAUUAAGUAUUCAAUCCA